AUUUCCUACCGAGCAAGGCAGGAGGAACGGCGGAUAGAUAAACAGGGCGCCACCGGAUCUCUUCUCAGCAAGUGUUUGACCAGAGCUGGAACUCAGGCGCUGUGGGCGACAGUAGCAGGUCAAAUGUGUCCGCCCCGACGUUUCAGGGCUACAUAAUGAAUAUGGGCAUCACCCCUUCAGAGGUAUCCUCCUCCUCCUCCUCCACCUCUACCACCGCCACCUCCUCCGCCUGACUGGUUGGCCGCCUGUUCGUUAAUCCAAUUCAAGAGAUCAGCUCUUCAGCCCUUCCUGAGGUUACACUAUCAAGACGGCGUUAUCUCAGAAAGCCAGCUCCGUGGCGGUGAAGAUGACCACGGCGCGGUAUCGUCCCACGUGGGAGCUGGCCGUGGACCCUCUGGUCUCAUGUAAGCUGUGCCUUGGAGAGUUCCCUCUGGAGCAGAUGACCACCAUCACACAGUGCCAAUGUGUCUUUUGUACACUGUGCCUGAAGCAGUAUGUGGAACUCCUGAUUAAAGAUGGCCUUGAAACUGCAAUUAGCUGUCCGGACUCUGCCUGUCCUAAAAGAGGACACUUGCAAGAAAAUGAGAUUGAGUGCAUGGUGGCCACAGAGAUGAUGCAGAGAUACAAGAAACUUCAGUUUGAAAGGGAGGUAUUGCUGGACCCGUGCCGAACAUGGUGCCCUUCGUCGACCUGCCAGGCGGUGUGCCAGCUAAAGGAAGCGGAUUCUCCAGCCCUGCCCCAGCUGGUCCAAUGUGCUGUAUGUGCCCUCGAGUUCUGCUCGGCCUGCAAGGCCAACUGGCACCCCGGGCAGGCCUGCCAGGAGAACAACCUGCCCAUUACGUCCUUCCUACCAGGAGAAAACAGCUCUUUUUAUAAGAACGAAGAGGAUGAUGCACCAAUCAAGCGCUGUCCUAAAUGUAAAGUUUACAUUGAGAGGGACGAGGGCUGUGCACAGAUGAUGUGCAAGAACUGCAAGCAUGCCUUCUGCUGGUACUGUCUGGAGUCCUUGGAUGAUGACUUUCUCCUGAUCCACUAUGACAAAGGGCCCUGUCGAAACAAACUGGGGCACUCCAGGGCGUCCGUUAUCUGGCACAGAACACAGGUUGUGGGAAUCUUUGCUGGCUUUGGCCUUCUCCUGCUGGUUGCCUCUCCCUUCCUCCUCCUGGCCACUCCCAUCGUACUCUGCUGCAAGUGCAAGUGCAGCAAAGGCGAUGAUGACCCAUUGCCAACCUAAAAAACACCAUCCGAGUUGGCACAGGGAGCCACUUCAAGGAUGGGCCUAUCUAUUUUUGUCCUUUUUCACCCCUUUUACAUAUUUUUUUCCCAUCCCACCAGCUUUGAGAGCUUUAUUCUUUUUUGGGCUGAACCUGCACCAGCCAAGCUGCUUGGGGAUCCAUUGCUCUGCAUGAGGGAGGCAUGGCAGAAAAGCGACCCUACAUGUUUAUCUCGAGGGAGAGAGGUGCAGGGGUCAAAGAUUAGUGGACAUGAGACUCGUUGAGGGACUACUGUGUCCAAAUGUAUGAGAAGUUGCCAGACUGGGGACGUGGAGGAUGACUGCACCACUUCAGCUGCCCCCCCCCCUCUCUCAUGAGGUGUGGGUUAAUUUGUUGUUGCACUUUGGUGGGUAAUUGCAAAUGAAGGAGGGAAAAAAAAUCAACAUUAAGAAAUGAUUUUUUUUCUUUAUUAUUAUUCUUGUAUGGACCAUGUCAUGCAGGAGCCACCUUAGAAAGAACUCUUACUUCAUCGCUCUGUUUCGUCGGUUUGUUAUGCGCAACAAAAGCUUUUCCCUCACCACCACACUCGAUGUAGCUCUACAGAUUCAGUCAGUAGCAUAAUAGAGUUACACCACGGAUGUUUGGUGUUCACUCGAUUUGCACACGGAACAUGAUUUCUUUGUCAUGUCUGCGACUGAGGUAGAGAUGGGAGGCUAGCGUCACUCUCAGCUCAGUGUAUAGCACGUCCUCUUGAUGAUGUCAAUGUUUUAUAAUCCUGCGCUUUUAAUAGAACUGUGCUCAAAGUAGUGUCUAUGUGUUGUACUUUACAGUGUUUUUCCAACUGUUAGGCAAACAUAUUAAAGGGGACUGCCUCUCAAAUACAUUAAAAGGAAAAAAAAACAGUUUUUCCUGUGGUAAAAUGAUAAUCGCGUCUUGUUUUGGUUAACUAUCACCUUACCUUUUACUGUCUUUGCAUUCUACAUUAAAUUCACAAAUGUCACAAAUUGAGUGGCACUCCCCUUUAGCAUUAAAUUAAACUCUAUCAAAGGACCUCGUAUCCACGUGCUGUGGAGCCGUUUUAAUUUAAUUCACUAAAAGAGAUGUCACUCCUGUAUUUCUCAGUCCCUAGGCAGCAGUCUAGCCAAAUAGAAAUGAAUGGCCUUAAAUUAAAAGUAGUGAAAAUCAGGCAAGCCCCCCAUGCACUAAAAGAACAAGUCAGAUCCAAAUGAUCCCAGGGAAAGCAUGUUUUAAGGACUAGUCAGUGAAGCCCUUUAUAUCCAGACGAUUCUAUGAUGUCAUUCAUAUGCCACUCUGUUAAUAGCCAUACUGUUAAAAAAAGAAAAACAAAAUAAACGAGGAUCUCUCUCUCUACAUAUAAUAUAAACAAUUGUUCUCAAAUGGUGUUCUUUGUGAUCUAGGCCCUGUAUUUUCUGAGCCUCUUUAAGCAGGAGAGCGAUCAAUCCAACUAUGGUUGUGAAUGAUCUCAAGAUCAACUCUCCCACUUUUCGAGUCUUAACAAAUACCCGCUGGCUCAAACUGCAAACUUGCAUAUGUUAGUGGUCCGAGUGUCUGUUUUGUUUUGUUGGUAGUUAGACCUCCAACAAAAAGCAGCUAUUCCUUGCAGGAAUGUGAGAAAAGCCUAUAGAGUAAAUUUAAAAAGCAUGUUAAAUCUUUGGGCACAUGAAUAUCAAGCUGCUCUAUACUAUAUCACUUUAUCUAUGCAAGUUUGUGCAUCACCGUAAUGAUAAGGUUAUUGAUUGGCCAUGAUUAAUUGUAAGGAAGUAUUGUUUAAUGAGAGCUGCAGAAUGUCAGCAUAUCGUCGCUUUAAUUUAAUCAGGGAAUCAUUUGGAAAAUAUCCAUUUUAUGAUCAUUAUAUACAGUGCAUUGUUUUUUGGUUUUUGUCCUUAGGCUAGUUUUAAGGUUUCCAGAGAAGAAAUUUGCCUUUGCCAACUUCUUUGCAGUCUUCAGAAAAAUGAAAUUACCUUUUUACAAAAACAAUCUUACCUGGUUAUAAUCACGGUACGCAAACUGUCAGUUCUGAGGUUUUUCAGACCAGGACAUAAUAAAAGAAAAUAUUUGGUCCUCUGGGUCCAGUGGAGGAAUCUUGGCCUGCUUAUUUUUCAGUGUUGCUUUAAUUCAUUUAGGAUUUUGUGCAAUUAUCUAUGCACAGCUCUCUUAAUGUCUCAUCACGGUAUUUCAGUUGGGUUGAUGUCUGGAUUUUGACUGUGUCAUUGCAACAUCUUGAUUUGCCCUCCCACCCCACCCUUUUUUUCCCCCUCUUUUCAGCCAUUCUGUUGUAGAUUUGCUGGUGUGUUUUGGAUAAUUGUCCUGUUCAGCUAUGGACAGGUGUUCUCACAUUUAACUCUAGAAUACUUUGGCUUACAGAUGAGUUCAUGGUCAGCUCAAAGAUUGCAAGUUGUCCUGUGGCUCGAAAUCAAGCCCCAAUCAUCACCCCUCUAUCACCGUGCUUGAUAGUUGGUCUGAGGGGUCUGUGUUGAUUUGGUGAAAACCAAACACAGCAUAAGUGGCAUUAGGCUUUAUAGCCUAAUGCCAACCUAAGGAGUCCUGCUAUGUUCUUUAUACAGAGAAGAGACGUUGUCCUGGUAACACUUCCAAACAAGCCAUACUUGUUUGUUUUUCUCUUUUUUCUAAUUGUACUGUCAUCUUUAACAUUUAAUAUCCUAACUGAGGCCUGGAGAGUCUUGAGAUGUAGUUAUUGGGUUUUUGCAGUUAGCACUGUUCCCUCACAGCGGUUGCCUAACAGCAAGAAGGUGCUGAGUUCGACUCCACCAUCUAGCCUUAACCAUCUGGGGAUGGGGAGUUUGCAUGUUCUCCCCGUGUCUGCGUGGGUUCUCUCCGGGUACUCCAGCUUCCUCCCACAGUCCAAAGACUUGCAGUUAGAGGAGUUAGGUUAACUUGUGAGUCUAAAUUGCCCAUAGGUGUUAAUGUGAGUAGUGGUUGUCUGUCUCUCUGCGUUAGCCCUACGACAGACUGACGACCUGUCCAUUGUGUACCCCGCCUCUCACCCAUGAUAGCUGGGAUAUUCUCCAGUCCCCCACAACCCCAGUAAGGAUAUAAGUAAAAGAGAAUGAUUGGAUGGAUCUUUCACUGUAAAAUAGUUUGGAGAAGCGGUCGCUCUUUAAGAUCAUUGCUGAGGUCUUAUAUAAGGACCUUCUAAAGACCAAUUUUCUUUUAUUAUGUGUAUUACUGUGCUUUUUUUGUUUGUUUGUUUCUUUACCAAAACUGUAAGUCAGUUUAGGAAAAAAGUAGAAACCUUUCAGUUUAAAAUAGAGACAUUUAAUUUAUGGGAGAAGUUUGUAGUUAGACAAGUUUUGCUACCGUGCAUAGCACCUGCAUGUCUUCGGAGUGUGGCAGGAAACCAGAGCGCCUGAAGAAAAACCACACAGGCGCAGAAGGAAAAACAUGUAAACUCCACACAGAAAAGACCAGAGUUGAACAUCAGGUUCGAGCUUUGAGGCGACAGUGCUAACCACUGUGCCAACCUGUCAUAGCCAUUCCAGUGUUUUAAUAAGCCAUUCGGUUUCUCGCUUCCCUUCUGGUGCAAUUCAUCAGUGUUCAUGUAGCAUUUCAUUAAAAGUGUGGCUACAGUUGCCAAUAAAGGGGUUAACAAGAGUAGCUAAUACUGUAUAAGCUAAACAGUAGCUAAUCACCUGCACCUCCCACCAGUUUUCACCUGUUUUUAACUCUUAUGUAAAAUUUUAGAAAUAAAUUAUGUUAUUAUUAGUAGCCUUCAGGUUUGAAUGCGUUACCAGUAGCUUGGGUUGCUUUUAUUGGCCUUGCCUUCUGUAGGAGCAUGAUCAUUUGACACUGAAUUCGGUUAAAUUUUCUACCUUUCAUAGCAACAUUUCUUCGCUGCAAAUCAUUUAAAUUCCUGAAACUCUCAUUGUUUUAAUGACAAUCGUGCCAAGCAGAUUUCCCAGAAGGCAAAAGGAAGCUGAGCUGUGUGUGCAUUUUGAUCACGUCUUUGUAAUGUAUUAACAGUUUUUACAGGGUUGAAAUGACUGCUUCUUUAUGUAAGCGCUGCACUGUAUAAUAUGGAUUUUAUCGUUUUACUUCUUCUUGAUAUGAUCUGUGACGUGCGUGAUAUGGUGCCUGCUGUGUUUUACUGGAGGAGUUUAGCAGCUAAAAUGAACUCUAUGGAAAAGUCGAUGCAGAUGAUCACAACUGUUUGUUUGGUUUUUUAAAUUUGUUUUUUAGGGGUUUUAACAGUUUGAGGAACAGCGGGAGGGGGCUGAUACCACUAGUAAACAUUUAUUUAAAUCCAAAAACUAAAAGUCCAUCGAAUUCUUGAAAGGCACAAAGUAACAAAUCAUGGACACUUUGUUUUUCUUUUUCAAACUCAACAUUCUUCUUUACCAAUGUCUGCUGGCAUUAAUAAACAGGUAGAUACCGUAUUAUGCAACAAACAUAAGGGCAGCAUAAUUACUUGUUUUUUCAGGGCUUGACAUAAAGGCCUACAGAGUACAACCACUUCACGCAGAUGAUUCAUCAGCACAGGUGCUGGAGAAUAGGAUGACCUGAGUAAGGGCUUGCUUCUCAUUACUUGGGGCCCUGAAUGGAAAGAGAGUAUUUUACAAAGGCUCAAAAUCAACUUUGUAACUAUCAGAUCAAGUUUGGUUACGAGCAGCAGUCUAUAUUUUAUAACUUGUUGUGUCAAGAGAUGAAGCUGCAUGAGUUUUCUUUGACUUCUACAUGGUAAAUAUAAUAUUGUAGCCUCUAAAGAGCUUUCAUAUGGUGGCACUGAUAAAGUCGUCAUCCUGUUUUGGGUUUUUUUUUUUUCUUCUUCUUCUUUCGUUUAGAAAAUGCACUUUGAUGUUCAGCCAUAAAAUAUGUUGGUCAGCCUUCCUAUAUUUAGUAGAUGGCCUUCAUGUGUCUGUUACUUUUUUCUUUUUUGAUAUAUUUUAUGUUUUGUACACUUGUUACAUCAGUUUGUGUAUUUGUAUUAUCCGUUUAUAUAGAGGGAUUUUUCACCCCUUUAUUGGUCGUAUAUUAAUUACAAUGAGUUACAAUUAUCGGUCGCUCCCGUAGGUGAGUUAUUUUCAAAGAAACUGCUUUCCAUACACAGGACUAUGAGAAAACAAUGUCUCUAGUUCACUGAGUAAUUAAAGGUUAAAUGAUAACAAAGCUAUGACCAUUGUAAAAUUGCAUUAAAUCCAUUCUGUACAACUUUAGAAUUGGCAUCUUAAUAUAUCUACAGUUCCACUAACACUGUGACACCAGGUAUUAAAGGUUGUUGUUUUCGUGA